UAGUUACAGAGUAACUACUCUGUAGUUAGUUAUGGUAAAUAGUUAACAUACCAAAUAAAUAUCUUAGAAGGAUAUUCCCCUCCACCAGCCAGGCAAAUGCCCGACGAACCAUGACAACAACUGCCAACAACCGCUCGACCACAACACUCCAAACUUCACGCUUCGAAAUUAAUUUCCCACUCGUACCUUCAUGCUGACUCUAUGCGGCUUUCCAUUUACCUCAUUCGCGAUAUUCUGGCCAACACUUUUGAAAUCAAACCUAUCAUCCUGGUUUUUGCGAUCAUGGUCACUCAAGUUAAUGGCCUUGGGCCCCUUACGUUAGCGGAAGUCAUUGACGCCCUUCAGAGGUUACAGGACAACCCGGAGCUUCUCACCCGCGAGCGAUCCGCGUUGAACGACCCCCCACCGCCAUACGCGUCGGGAGAGACGACACAACCACCCAGUCCGCCUCACCCGCUCACUGAAGCUGAUCGACGAAGGGAGCGGGAGCGACGCAAGAAGGAAAGGCUUAACUCAAUGCCAGAACCUCAGUUCGCUUACCAGCGAAGGAUAGAGGAGGAACGUCUGAUAGACCAGUGCCUGAGGCGGAUGAGAGGACGAAAAGAUACACUGCCAUUUAAGAUGGAGCUUACUUUCGCCGAGAAUGCACUCGAGAAUGUCACCAACCGAUGGAAAGAGCAAGGGAUAUGGAGUGGUAGAUGGAAAGCUCAGCCUUUUGGGCCACGCCGCUGGGAACAUGAGGAGUCCCCUGAGCCAGAGCUUGAACCAGAACAUGAGGCUGACAUCCAACGCCCACUUCGUUCGGGACCUACGCUAGACCCACCGAACCAACGAUGGAAUAUUCUUAGUGCGGAGUGCAUGACUGCCCAUAAACGUGAAACUAAGCCCUCGCGUCCAUACUAUCAGUUUCUUUUCCAGAUAUCCAAGGAGCGCGAAUGGUUAGAAGACGAACUAGAUAUCGAACCCAGUGACAUCAACACCAAAGCCUACGAGAAUGUCAAGAAUCACUGGCUCGCGCAAAAGAUUUGGAAUCCACAGUGGGGCGAUAUGCCUGGGAUGACUUGGAUUCACGAAGAGCCAGACGAUGAAGAUUCUGAGCAACCAGACAGCCCUCCCGCCGACGAAUCUGUGCUUAACAAUGCUGAAGAAAGUGACAGCCGGCUUGGUCGCCGUGUUCGCUACAAGUACCGCUCAGAUGGGUUUGGUUUUGUCGAAGUCCCUUCCGCCUCCCCGGAACCAACAGGGGAGGCUGAGCCUUCGUUAACUUCUAGGACGACGGUAGGCUCCAACGGAGAUGCUUUCACAGAUGGAAAUGCAUCUAACCUACCCGGCUCCGUACCCCAGAGCCCCAGAAAUAGAAAGGAACCUCGAGAACCUUCUCGUCUCGCUUCUCAACCAAAUGGUACCUCAAACGUUAGAAAGCGUGCCACGCGAGAUUCUCCAGAUCCUACAGAUUCUACAUCAUUCCAAUCGAGGAAGCGAAUCCGCUCUACGUUUGGGCCCGCUAGUGCGCCUCAGAGUCCGGUGCCUCAUGCAACAAGAGACUUACCAGGAGAAGAUGAGGAUGCGGAACUAUCUCUAUCUACUUUGCCAUUGUGCUGUAGAAUCCUGGAUGAAGAUCGACAACCACCGCUUCGAAAUUCCAGAAUCAAUACACGAUCUAGAACAAACAAACGCUCAGUGUCUUGCAACGCUUCACUUGAUACCAACAAAAUUUCACAGUUAAGCUCAAGGCGGAACCGGCGAGCGAGCCCGGAAACGCCGACUACUUCACGUAAACCGCCAGUAGUUUCGAAGAACAAUCCUUCCGACCGAUCUCACUCCAGUGGGUAAUUGGCAUGGUUUUUCCUCGAAAAAGCCAGGUGUGUCACUCUCAUGUUAUGUUGCCAGAAUGAAAGGCAACCACAAACAUCAAUCCCGGGAGGGUGGUUUGUGUAUUCUAGAAGCUCUGUUGGCCAUUUCGUAUGGUGGCGAUGCUAGUUCUCAACAGCUCAAUUAAUUCAGCUGGUGAGUCCGGUACCUGGGCCCAUUUUCAUCCUCAAGCUUGUUUUUGAUGGUGCGACGUUUGUCGUGGACUUUUCACUGGACAGAUGUAUCAAUUUUUCAACAUUAUAUACCUUCCUUUGAUGAAGCGGCUAAUUGAAGAAAUUAGCGCGUUGUAUUUAUAUAUACGAAUGGGACAUGCAACAGAUGAGAUUCGGGUAAUUACAUUUUUUUUUGAUAUUGAAGUGCAUCCAGCCAAGCAUGGAAUAGAAGAAAGGAGAUCCAAGGCCCAAUACCUGCUCGCAAACAUUCCUCCUCACAACUUACUCGCAACCCAUCUCGGCUUCCUCUUCUCCACAAACGCCUUUACGCCCUCCUUCAGAUUCUCCCCUUCAUUCAACCGCCUCGCCCAUCCCUCCAUCAACAUCUGACUCCCAUCCUCCGCGCCCACCCCUUCCCACCCCAACUUAACCCCCUCCCGACUCACAAUCACCGCGUCAGGACUAUUCGCCACAAUCUCCCCCGCAACCUCCACGGCCCGCUUCACCACCCUCCUGUCCCCAACAUCCACAUCAUCCGCCUCCCCCCCAUCCUCCACAACCUCAUUAACAAGCCCCCACCGCUCCGCCUCCUCAACCCGGACCACCCUCCCCGUCAACGCCAUCUCCAUCGCCCGCGGCUUCCCCACCGUCCGCACCAGCCUCGUCAGCCCACCUGCCAACGCGACGACGCCGCGCUUAACUUCCGGCAACGCGAAUUUCGCCCCGCGCCUGCUGGCGAUGACGAUGUCGGCGUUGAUGAUGAUCUCACAACCGCCGCCGUAGGCGAGGCCGUUGACAGCACAGAUGACGGGUUUUUUCCCUGCGCGCCGGGAUAGGCCGGCGAAGCCUGAGGGGGGUGGUGCUGGGCGGCCGGAUGAUUGGGAGUUUUUAUCGUUCCAUUCUAGAUUUUUGAUUUGUGGUUUUUAGUCUUAGGUUAAUGGGUUUCGGGGUUUGGUUUUGGGUUUAUGGCGUUUCAUUUAUUUUUUUAUUUUAUUUUUUAUUUUUAUUUAUUUAUUUAUUUUAUCUUUUAUUUCUCCCCUUUAUUUUAUUUUCCUUUUAGGACUGCAAGAAACAUCCACACAUGAAACUUUUUGU